GCUUAAACAGAAGGAAAAUGCAAACAGUUCCUAUAAAAUGUAUUGUCGUUGAAGAUGGAAAUGUUGGAAAGACAUGUCUGAUUAUGUCGUAUGCAGAAAAUCAAUUCCCAGGAGAAUAUGUACCAGAGGUCCCUGAAAGCCGCUAAAUUCAGUUAAAGCAGGCCCAUUUGAACAAGCCGAAGAGGUGGUGAAGAUCCAUCAAGUAGAUAAUGAGAACAAGUCAUUAAGAUUAUUUUCAGCAUUGGUCCCUGUCAAGCGGAACCAUAUGAAACAAUGGGACAGAGCGUUAGUCCACCUUAUCAAGUUCGUGUCACGGUAGAUGGAAGAGCGUGCUCCAUUAGUAUAUGGGACACACCGGGGCAAGAGGAGUAUAACAGACUGCGACCACUGUCUUAUCCACAUACAGAUAUUUUUCUUAUGUGUUUCUCCCUUGUCACAAAAAGUACUUUUGAAAAUAUACGACAAAAGUGGUAUCCCGAGAUAAAACAGCACUGUCCAGACACCCCAAUAGUAUUAGUUGGAAUAAAAUUGGAUAAAAGGGAUAACAGUUCGGAAAAGGAAACUUUAUUGAAUAAGAGUAUUACAAAUGCUGAGGGUAUGCGCCUUGCACAGCAAGUCAAUGUAUUCAAGUAUUUAGAAUGUUCUGCGAAGACUGGUAGUGGUGUAAAACAAGUGUUUGACGAGGCGAUAGGAGCCUACUUAGCUACUUAAAAGAUGAAGACAAAAACUCUUCUUAAAUGUAAAAUCCUGUGAAAACAAGAUGCACUGAUGACGAAUAACGUGAAACAGAUAUAUGAAGUAUAUGUAGAGUAAAAAAAGAGAAUGAUAUCCUUAUGGCAAAUCAACACAGAAAACUCAUGAAAGAAAUCUAGUUAUUAUUGAAAAAAGUAAGAAUUAAUAUGCAAUGAGAGAUGUCACGUUCAAACAUUGCAACCCUAUCGUGCAGCAGGCCCACAGAAGUGUUUGUAAGAAGGUAAAAACGAAAUACAUAUACACAA